CUUCGAAUUGCGAUUUAUUCAUACGAGACGGUUCAAUCGGAAUGGAUAUAAAUUGUAGCGUGCGCUUUGCAGCCGAGCACGUAGUUGCGCUACUUCCGGGAAUAAACUUCGCGAAGUACGUAUUAAAUAAAUUGCACUAAUUUUCGAAUCUGCACUCGAAAUAUUUGCAUUACGGUUUCAUGAGGUUGUAACAAAUUGUCUUCGGGCAAUCGUUCCAUCUGAUUUUCCACGCAAGCGCCAAUGGUCAAUGUCUGUUAAUACUUUUCGCAACCUUUCGAACAGUGUUCUAUCGCACGUCGCAAGAAAUAGGAAGCUACACAUACUAUCGGCCGACAUGAGCGAGAAAAUAAAAAAUAUAAUUUAUCGUAACGACCAUUACAAAUCGGAUUCCGAAUACGUGAUGCACAUCGCCAAGACAUUGUUAACGCUGAUAGGAAUUUGGCCUAGAAAGGAUACGUUUCUAGAUAACGUUAAAAUGUAUAUCCAAACAGUAACAAUUUUUAUCCUCAUGUGUUUCUUAUUAAUACCACACGUGAUUUAUACUUAUUUCGAUUGCGAAGAUCUAACCAAGUAUAUGAAGGUGAUCGCCGCGCAGGUUUUUAGCCUUUUGGCGAUCAUUAAAUUUUGGACUCUAAUUUUUAAUAGAAAAGAAAUUCGGUUUUGCUUGAACGAGAUCGAAAUACAGUACAAGGACGUGAAAUGCGAGGAAGAUCGGCUGAUAAUGCUGAAUUGUGCAAAAAUUGGACGAUAUUUUACAAUGGUAUAUUUGGCCCUUGGUUACUCUGGUGCUUUGCCCUACCAUAUCAUUUUGCCUUUAAUAUCGGAGAGAAUCGUGAAAGCUGAUAAUACCACUCAGAUACCUUUGCCUUACUUGAGUGAUUAUGUUUUCUUCGUCAUCGAAGAUUCACCGAUCUACGAGAUCACGUUUGUCGUCCAGAUGUGCAUCAGUUGCAUCAUAAUGACUACGAAUUAUGGAAUUUAUAGCUUGAUUGCUUCUAUAACGAUGCAUUCUUGCUGUUUGUUCGAAGUUACCAGUAGAAGAAUCGAGGAGCUUCGUAAAUGGGAUAAACGAGAUUUACACGAUCGCAUUGCUGAUAUCGUUCAAUGUCAUCUGAAAGCAAUUGAAUACUCUGCAGUUAUUGGAAAAUCUCUUAGCUUCGUAUUUCUAUCGGAGAUGGUUGGCUGUACCAUUGUAAUAUGCUUCCUAGAAUUUGGCGUGAUUAUGGAAUGGGAAGAUCAUAGAACAUUCAGUACAAUAACAUAUUUCGUGUUAAUGACAUCGAUGUUUGUAAACGUGUUUAUAAUAUCGUUCAUUGGUGAUCGUCUCAAACAAGAGAGCGAGAGAAUAGGAGAAACAUCGUACUCUCUGCCAUGGUACGAUUUUCCGUUGAACGAAGCUAAGAAUGUAAGGACAAUCAUACUAAGAACUAGAUUACCAUCGAGUUUGUCUGGGGCUAAGAUAUUAGAUCUCUCGCUUCAAGCAUUUUGCGACGUGGUUAAAACUUCAGCGGCAUAUUUCAAUGUUCUGCGUGCAAUGGCAGCAUGAAAAUUCAAGCAAAAAAAGAUUUCUACUAUAUUCAACAACAUAUACGAAAAUAAAUGUGAUUAAAAAUAAAU